UAGCAAGUGGAGAAGGGGAAAGAGGCUGGUCUGAGGUCUUUAUAAACGUCCGGUACAUCCGCGCUUCAGUUGCACGUAGUAAAUAACCAAAUCUUUGUUAAAGUGAAGAAAUAGUACUGAGGCGAUUUGCAAACCAUUUAAAGAGUGUUUAAGGACUUGUGGGUGAUCACCAGUGGACAAUCAAGCUUUACAGGUUUCCUCAAUUGAAAGACAUGGAUGAUAUCCAGGUUGCGUCAAAAGCACCCCUGCUUGUUGACAGGGAAUUGCCAGGGUUGAGAGAGGCUGUAGCACAACUCGUGAUAAAGGAGCACAAUGUAGAGACUCCCCAUGGAAGGAUCCACUGCACCAUGAAGGGGGUGCCCAAAGGAGACCGCCCCGUCAUCCUUACCUUCCAUGACAUUGGACUGAACCACAAGACGUGCUUUGACUCCAUGUUCCAGCAUGAGGACAUGCAGGAGAUCAUGCAGCACUUUGCUGUGUGCCAUGUCGAUGCCCCUGGACAGCACAAGGGGGCCAGCACCUUCUCUACCGGGUACGAGUACCCCUCCAUGGAUCUGCUGUCUGAGUCUCUCCCCCUGGUCCUCAAGCAUUUUGGUCUGAAGAGCGUCAUUGGAAUGGCCGUCGGAGCUGGAGCCUACAUCCUUGCAAGAUUCGCUCUGGACUACCCCACGUUGGUGGAAGGCCUGGUUCUGAUUAAUAUCAACCCCUGUGCUGAGGGGUGGAUGGACUGGGCUACAAACAAGGUCACUCCUUUGCCUGACAUGCUCAUCGGCCAUCUCUUCGGAAAGGAGGAAAUCUCCAACAACCAUGACCUUAUCGCCACCUACCGCCAUCACAUCAUGAAUGACAUGAACCAGUACAACCUUCAACAUUUUGUUAAAGCUUACAACAGCCGGCGGGAUCUGGAGAUUGAGAGGCCCAUUCCUGGUGGAAAAGUCACCGUCAGAACCCUGACGUGUCCUUCUCUGUUGGUGGUAGGAGACAGCUCUCCGGCCGUUGACGCUGUGGUGGAGUGCAAUACUAAGCUGGACCCGACAAAGACCACAUUGCUGAAGAUGGCUGAUUGUGGAGGCCUGCCCAUGGUUGACCAGCCCGCAAAGCUGACAGAGGCCUUCAAGUACUUCAUUCAGGGAAUGGGCUACAUGCCUGCUGCCAGCAUGACUAGACUGGUCCGCUCUCGCACGGCGUCCGGAUCCAGCAUUCACUCCAUGGAAGGCAACAGGAGCCGGUCUCACACCAACGAGGGAAACCGAAGCCGGUCUCACACCAACGAGGGAAACCGAAGCCGGUCUCACACCAACGAGAAGCGUGGCCGAUCCCACACAGACAGUAUGGAAGGCACAGCAAACAGCAGCACCGCUCUCAAGUCCACCGAAGUGUCCUGCUAGACGACCCUUACCCUCGACCUUUAACCUCCAGCCCUCUGGUUCCUGCUGCACUGCCACUAACCACUCUCUCUCUCUCUCACACACACACACACACACACACACACACACACACACACGAUUCCAUUCCAUUCAAUGCAAAGAGUUGUUUUUGUAAAGAUAUGCAAGUAUAUACUACGGCAUAAUAAAGGAAAUUCUGUAGAGGGAAAAAAAAAAA